GAGCGCCAUGUGACAGGAUGUCCAAGGAAGAGGAGUCGUGGCGGCGGCUGCCACUCAGCUCGCCACUUUGCCGCCGGACGCCCUGCCGACAACCAUCAUCAUGUGGCCUCUCCUUGCCGCGCCGCUGCUCUGCCUCCUGAGUGCCGUGGCAGCCAAUGUCGACAGCAGCUCCUUCCUGAUCUUCAACCAGGAUCACAACAAGUGCGUGAAGGUCCUCCACGCCUCCUCCGUCACGCUGUCCAGUUGCGAACCCCGCGCCAAGGACCAACAGUUCCGCUGGGCCUCGGCGGACCGCCUGCUCAGCCUGUCACUCAACCUGUGCCUGGGCGCCGUGGCUCUCAAAGACUGGGUCAAGGUCCUGCUGUUCGAGUGCGACGAGGCCAGUGAGCUACAGCACUGGCAGUGCAAAAACGAGACCCUGUUCGGACUGCGGGACCGUGACCUGCACUUCAACUGGGGGAACUUCAAUGAGAAGAACGUGAUGAUCUACAAGGGUUCGGGAUUGUGGAGCCGAUGGAAGAUCUACGGGACGCAUCAGGAUCUGUGCGCGAAGGGCUAUCAAGAGAUUUUCACCAUCGGGGGCAACUCCUUCGGCGCCCCGUGUCUGUUCCCGUUCAAAUUCGGUGAGCAGUGGUACUCUGAGUGCACCAAGGCAGGCCGGGCCGACGGGCAGCUGUGGUGCGCCACCAAGGCCAACUACAACAGCGAGAAGAAGUGGGGCUUCUGUCCCACCAGAACAUCGUCUGGCUGGGACACGGACCCGGUGACGGGAGUCCAGUACCAGCGCAACGCCCAGGCCGUGCUGAAUUGGCACCAGGCCCGCAAGAGCUGCCAGCAACAGGGCGCGGAUCUCCUCAGCAUUGUGGAACUCCACGAGCAGUCCUACAUUUCAGGACUGACCAGCAUGUUGGGAACCGCCUUGUGGAUCGGACUCAACAGUUUGGACUUUGAGGGCGGAUGGCAGUGGAGCAACGGGAACCCCUUCCGAUAUUUAAACUGGGCACCGGGUCACCCCUCAUCCGAUCCUGGAAUGAACUGCGCCACCUUGAAUGCCGGCAAGGCCUCCAAAUGGGAGACCAGUACCUGCUCCAAGAAGCUGGGAUACAUUUGCCGUAAAGGGAACUCAACCAGUCUUCCUCCACCGCCCAUUAAGCAGCCCGGCUUCUGCCCCAACCACUGGGUCGCUUACGGCGGCAACUGUUACUUCAUCGAGAGGAGCAAAAAAAUGUGGAAGGACGCUUUGACCGCCUGUCGCAGGGAUGACGCCGAUCUGGCCAGCAUUCACAACAUCGAAGAGCAGAGCUUCAUCAUCGCCCAGUCCGGAUACCUGGCGGCGGAUGUCCUGUGGAUCGGCUUGAAUGACCAGAGGACCCAAAUGUUGUUCGAGUGGUCCGACCGCUCGCAGGUCACCUUCACCCAGUGGAUGAUGGACGAGCCCACCCACGCCGGGAACCUGAAGGAGGAUUGCGUGCUCAUCCAGGGAGAGGGCGGCAAGUGGGCCGAUAAAAUGUGUGAGAAGCCAUACGGGUACAUUUGUAAGAAGAAAGCCUCUUCCAGAGCGGCCGAAGGAACCCACCUUGCAGGCAACCCGGGAUGCAAACUCGGCUCGCUCAGGUACGGCUCAUAUUGUUACACCAUUGGCGCUGAGAAGAAAACGUUUGACGAGGCCAAACAGGCGUGCUCGCAGGAUGGAGGACACCUCUUAGAUGUGACCAACAGGUACGAAAAUGCCUUCCUGACUAGUCUGGUGGGCCUGAGGCCGGAGAAGUACUUCUGGAUGGGACUCUUCAAAAAAGAAGACACGCACACGUUCAUUUGGACCAGCCAAAGGAAAGUCUCCUUCACUCAUUUCAACGUGGGCAUGCCAGAUCGCCAAGUGGGCUGCGUUGCCCUGGCAACGGGCACAUCGGCUGGCCUAUGGGAUGUGAUCAGCUGUGGCAGCAAGGAGAAGUACAUCUGCAAGAAAACUGCCGUGGGCGCUCAAGCGACCACCGUGCCGCCCACCACGCCCGCCCUCAGCUGCGCAUCCGGCUGGACGCCCGUGGCCGAUAGGAACGUUUGCUACAAGUUGUACAAAAAGACGAAUGACCUGAAGAAGACUUGGCUUGAAGCAAAGAAGUUCUGCAUGCACAUCGGCGGGGACCUGAUGAGCAUACAUGGAGCUCAGGACCUCAACAAUGCGCAGUUUCAUUCGUCAGACGCAGCCUGGAUUGGAUUGAGCCUACUUGGACCCAAUGAAGGUUUUGUCUGGAGUGACGGAUCACCCUACGCCUUCGAGAACUGGGGCUUCGGGGAGCCCAACAACUACAAUGACGCAGAACACUGUACAGAAGUCCAAAUCUACUACGGACGACACUGGAAUGACCGACACUGCGAGUCCUACAACGAUUGGCUCUGCCAGAUAGACAAAGGAGUGACUCCCAAACCCGAGCCUGUCAUCAGCAUGCCAACAUUCAACACCACAGAGGACGGCUGGCUGCUCUACAACGACUCGCAUUACUUCAUCAACAUGGACGAGCAGCCCAUGGAGGCCGCGCGGGCCUUCUGCAAAAAGAACUUUGCCGAUCUGGCCGUCAUCACGGGGGAGAGCGAGAGAAUGUUCCUCUGGAAACAGAUCGUGAAAGGCCCUCAUGAUCAAUACUACAUAGGCCUCACUGUCAAUCUAGACCAGUCCUUUAGCUGGUUGGAUGAAACCCCGGUGACCUACACGGCUUGGGAACAAAACGAGCCCAACUUUGCCAACAAUGAUGAAAACUGCGUGACCAUAUACAAGAGCAUGGGCUUCUGGAACGACAUCAACUGUGGCAUGGAGCUGCCAUCCAUCUGCAAAAGAAGCAGCGCGUUUGUCAACGCCACCGUGAUGCCCACCGCCGAGCCCAGGGGAGGCUGCGCGCCGGAGUGGCUGGCAUUCCAAGGCAAGUGCUUCAAGUUUGUGGGCGCCGACAAAAAAACGUGGCUGAAUGCAAGGGAUUACUGCAAAAACCAGGGUGGGAAUCUGGUGUCUAUCGUCAGCGAGCAGGAGCAAGCUUUCCUGACCACUCAGAUAUUGACGUACAAGGAGGACCUGUGGCUCGGCAUGAACGACGUCAACUGGGAAAUGCACUUCGUGUGGACGGACGGUCGAGGCGUGUCGUACACCAACUGGGCCAAAGGACAUCCGACAUCCACGCCGGAGGGACGCUACUCCUUCUUGAACGAGGUUUUCGACUGUGUGAUGAUGGUGGGCAGCGUUCCGAAAAAAAUGGGACUUUGGCAGGUGGACGAUUGUGGCGAAAAACGCGGCUUCAUUUGUAAAAGGAACCUCGAUACCCAGAUCGAGCCCGCGGCCACCACUGUGUCGUCCAAGGCCUUCUACAAGCUGGGCAACGAUUCGUACAAGCUUCUAACGCAGAAGAUGCGCUGGGACGAGGCCCGCAGGCAGUGCCAGGCGGAUGACUCCGAGCUGGCCAGCAUACUCGAUCCCGUGGCGCAAGCCUACGUCGUGCUGCAGAUUUCCAAGUUCAAGGAACCUGUAUGGAUCGGUCUCAACAGCAAUGUGACGGGAGGUCGCUACAAGUGGGUGGACAAGUGGUUCCUGUCGUACACCAAAUGGGGCAGAGACGAGCCUAAGAGUAACUAUGGCUGUGUGUACAUGGACGUUGACAAAAGCUGGAAGACGGCCGCGUGCAGCAACACCUACUACUCGCUUUGCAAGAGCUCACCAGAUUUGGCACCCACAGAGCCUCCUCAGCUGGCCGGAAGUUGUCCGGAAACGAACAAUAAGGCAAACUGGAUCCCCUUCCGGGGUCAUUGUUAUGCCUUCUUGAGCUCGCUUGUGGACAACUGGGCCCACGCCUCCGUGGAAUGUCUGAAAAUGGGGGCAUCUCUGGCAAGCAUCGAGGACCCCCAGGAGAGUCUUUUUAUCCAACAAAACCUGGAACUCCUGCAGGACAGCUCCAAGAGCUUCUGGGUCGGCUUGUACAAAGCACACGACGGUCGGUGGUUGUGGAUUGACAACAGCGCAGUGGACUACACCAACUGGAAGGCGGACAUGCCGGGAUCCGAGUCGUGCGUGGUCGUCCAUUCCGACACCGGGAAAUGGAAAACCACCACCUGCAGCAGAUAUCGCUCAUACAUCUGCAAAACAAAUAAAGUUAUCACACUGACAGAAGAGCCUCCAUCUGUUGCUCAUAUCAUGGAAAAGGUGUCCAAUGGCUCCGCUGGCAUUAGCGUGGCUGUGGUGCUGGUGGUCCUGGCCCUGGCGGGACUGGUCGCUUUCCUGCUCUUCCGGAAAAAGAUGCCUGUUCCCGCCCCUUCGGGGGAGUCCACCUUCAUCAACAAGUUGUACUUCAAUAAUCCCAUCCGAACUCUGGUGGAUACCAAGAGCCUGGUGGGCAACAUUGAGCAGAAUGAACAAGCGUAGUCGCACACCAUUAGCUUAAUGCUAAUGACAAACUCGAUUUUUUAAUUUUAUUUUUAAUUCUAAUAAUCUAUGUGAGUACUGGAACUACACUACGUGACACUCCAAAAGAUGUGAUUCCCCCCCCCCAAAAAAGUGUACAUAGGAUUUAUUUUUUUUUACUUUGAAGAAUCGUGUCUUCUUGUUCUAACAACAGCGCUUCAAGAGUAAAGAUAAUCUGAAGAUGCUUUUGUAAAA